UGCUCCUCGGGUCGUUUCGUGACACGGAUGUUAACUUUUGCCGUUUUCUGACAGACACCCUGAACAAAAAGACGGACGGGACAGACGAGGAGCAGCACCAGACAGAAGGACCAAUAUAUGAGAGAGAUUACAGUCUCCAUGUUCCAGCUGCCCAUCUUGAAUUUCAGCCCCCAGCAGGUCGCGGGGGUGUGCGAGACGCUCGAGGAGAGCGGCGACGUGGAGAGGCUCGGUCGCUUCCUCUGGUCACUCCCGGUGGCGCCGUCCGCCUGCGAAGUCCUCGGGAAGAACGAGUCUGUCCUGCGCGCGCGCGCUGUCGUGGCCUUUCACGGAGGUAACUUCCGCGAGCUCUACCACAUACUAGAGAACCACAAAUUCACCAAGGACUCACACGCGAAGCUGCAGGCGCUCUGGCUCGAGGCGCACUACCAGGAGGCUGAGAAACUCCGUGGGCGUCCGUUAGGACCCGUGGACAAGUACCGCGUCCGAAAGAAGUUUCCACUGCCUCGGACGAUAUGGGACGGCGAACAGAAAACGCACUGCUUCAAGGAGAGGACACGGCAUCUGUUGAGAGAUUGGUACCUGCAGGACCCUUACCCGAACCCGAGCAAAAAAAGAGAGCUGGCGCAGGCGACUGGACUCACGCCCACACAAGUGGGCAACUGGUUUAAAAACCGAAGGCAGAGAGACCGCGCUGCAGCAGCCAAGAACAGGCUACAGCAGCAGGUUCUGUCCGUUGGCUCAGACCGAUCGCUGGGGGACGAUGACACCACAGUAGACCGACUGGAUCCUGCCUCAAGCCCAGAUGUCAGUCUCUCGAGCAAAGCCGCCAUCUCCAUCACCUCCAGCGACAGUGAAUGUGACGUCUAACGUGACAGGCUUCAAAAGAGCAAACAGGAGAACUGUAGAGACAAUCUAACAACAACGACAAAAACUUGAGUGCCUGCAACCGGCCAGAGAGAGGCUAAAAUGAAGGAUGGAAAAAGCGUCACACAACUUAAUUUUCCAUUCGUUGAUGUGAUCAACAAACAGGCGCAGUACUUCUCACGAAGAGAGGUGGGAGUUU